AAAAUAUUCAGCUGUUCUUAAUAUGUUCGUUUAUUAAAAUAAGAGUAAACCAGGGUUUCUAGUUGUAUUGUUCUUUGAAAACCGCCGUCCAAACACCUGUUCUUAUAACGUCUUGAGCUGCUGGAAGGCUCGUCAGAUUGGGUAAAAACGGACGUUUAAUUUUUUUCUACCGAUGGCGACCUGUGCUGCUGACAAGAGGCCGGGCCUGUUGUCCAACGACGACUUCCGCCAGUUGCUGUACACCCCAAGGACAUCGUCGGGCUUUACGGACGCGGCCGGUCCCGCAGAACUUCCUUCGGCGAAACCUGCUGAAAAGAGGCAACAGAAGGUCACGGAGAAAAAAGCGAAGAAAAGGCGCUAUACGGAGGCCAUGCGGAGAGAAGACGUUCUCUCACAGCUUCAAAAGAAAUACAGGGACAGGGCUCAGGAGAGGAGGGACGGGCAAAACCCUGAUUAUGUUAUAAGCGAAGACAGAGAACUGCAAACGGUAUCAGCAGGGGCGUAUCACGCAGUCGCGCCGGACGCAGGAUACAAUAGGAGGCAGGCCCUAAGGAGAAAACAGCUAAUUCAGGAGUCCAAAUAUUUAGGAGGCGACAUGGCCCAUACUCAUCUUGUGAAAGGCCUUGAUUAUGCGCUGCUCAACAAAGUAAGAAAGGAAAUCGAAGUAAGGAACAAAGAAAGAGGAGCGAAAGAAGAAAAAGAAGAACAAGAGGCAGAGGCAAAAGAGCAAAUAGCCGUAACGAAGAUAGGCAAGGCGGUGAUGGAUGUCGUCUUUUCGAGGCGAGCUCUAGAAAAGAAUCCGUUGUUCGCUCCUGGAAAAAUGUCGUACGUCGUCCAUCUAGAAGGGGACGAAGCCGAACACGAGAUCCCGACCAUUGUUAUUAGAAGUAACAGGGACAUCGAUCCUGAAUCUCACAUUAAGUCCUUGACGACGACUGACGCAGUCAUCGAAAAGCUCAAGACCGUGCUGGCUCAUGUUAAAAACGGGGUAAAAAUCAGAAGGUCGAAGAAGAUUAGCAAUGAAGACCCUUACAACGAAUAUCAGGAAGAAAAACCUCAGAAACAAGAGGUUAAGAAGACGAGUAAAAGCCCUACUGCCGAGUCAUCUUCACUCUACAAGAAAACCCUCAAGACUAAAGAAAGACUGCUCCAGAGGUUGAGUUCCGAGCCUACGAGUUAUGCAGAAUGCUACCCUGGACAAGUUGAGUCUGUAGAAGCGACGUACGACUCGGACGAAGCGGCUGAUUAUUCCAUGAUGGAUAGAGCGAGGAAGAGCGCGGUCGGACGGUGGGAUUUCGACCACGAGGAAGAUUACUCGGAGUAUAUGACCAGGAGGGAAGCCUUGCCGAAAGCCGCCUUCCAGUACGGACUGAAAAAGUCUGGAGGAAGGAGGACGAGGAAAGGUAACCCGGAGAAAGCAGCCUUGGACCGACUCUGGGGAGAGAUCAAGACUAAAAUGCAGCAGAUGAAAUCUGGAAUAAUAGAACCGAUCACCUAAUACCUUAUAAUGUAUUUUUACGUGAAACUAUUCAAUACAGUAAUAUUACAUUUUA